UUUGGGUUGGGAGGGGUGGUGCUUCAUUACUUUUAUCUAAUAAUCAUACAAAUUCAUGAGAAUAAGCCACCUUGUAAAAUAAUUACAAGAUUAAGCUGCAUAGUCCCAAACCAGAAAACAAUAUAACUUUCUUCUUGGAAAGGACAGACUCACUACAAAAGAAUGUCUCACAUCUCCGAAAUCGCUUUCGUCAUCAAUAUCCAGCAGGCAAAAUGCCGAAACGUCAGUUAUCUUAAUGAGAUACAACCAAAGACCCACCAAACUCAGAGUACAACAGAAUGAUGACGAAAAGCAGUCUGUAAACAGUACUCAGAAACCUCAGUAAGGAGAUACAAUGUGAGUUCGGUUGUUAGGCAUCUACAAGAUUUCACGUAUCUGUGAGACAUUGUAUGUUUCGGCCUCUAGUAAUGGAGAAUGGGAUCUGCCUGAACAUCACUUCCACAGGAAGAUCUCUAGAAGCAGCAUGCCGCCCGUAGAUUCAUUUGAUCGACGUUAUGGCCUCCUCCCUACGGAGAUCUUCACAUCUUCACAUCCCAGUGGGACGGCCACUAAGCCCCGCAAGAGACGUAAGAAGCUACAAGCGAUCGUCUGCAUUCUUUUUGUGGAGCUGUUCGAGAGGUUUACCUUUUUUGGGAUUGUUUGCAACAUGAUCCUUUUCUGCACCAUUAAGCUGGGAUAUAGCAAUUACCAAGCAGCCAUGGUAAACACGUGUUUUGUGGGAGCCAGCGUUCUCACACCUGUUCUUCUGGGAUGGUUCGCUGAGACGUGUUUGGGAAGGACCACAGUUUUGUUUUUGUGUGCUUUCCUGCAUUUCUUUGGCACUGCCAUGCUUCCAGUCGUCGCCUUCCCUUUUGAAGAUUUCUAUAUAAACACGCAUAAUAUCGUGCACCAGCUUGAGCCUCAUGAGCAACGCAUCCUUUUCUACACAGGACUUGUUGCUGUGGCUCUUGGCAUCGGUGGCAUCCGUGCCAUCCUUUGCCCGCUGGCAGCCUAUCACCUUCAGGGUUGUGAUCGACACCAACUGUUGUCCUUCUUCAACUGGUUUUACUGGUUAGUCAACCUGAAUUCAAUGGUUGUGAUUUUGGGGAUCGCCUACAUUCAGCAGUCAGUGGCCAAAAACUUGUGCUUUCUCAUCCCAUUCACCUCAGUUCUUCUGGCUCUCAUCGCCAUACACAUGGUGCGCAGCAAGCUCACCUUCCAUCCUAAAAAAGGUAGCUCCUUGCUAACUACGUUCGGGGUGUUCCUGAACUCUCUAAAAAUGUGUUGCCUUCAUUAUCGCCAUUUAAGCGGAGAUGUUGCCAACUGGCUAGACCGGGCCAAAGAAAACAACGGUGGCUGUUAUAGUGAGACCAGUGUGGAAAACGUAAAGAUCCUGGUCAAACUGUUUCCUCUCUUUGGACUUCAACUUUUAUACCGUGCUUGCAUUACUCAGAUUCCGUCGGGCUAUUAUCUGCAGACGAUGCACUCAAACUUGAAACUCAAUGGCUUUAUCCUGCCAGUAGCAAUUAUGAAAGUGAUCAGCAUACUGCCCGUGUUGAUCUUAGCACCACUGCUGGAGCUUCUGAACACCUGCUAUCAGUCUCCAAAGAAACUACUUCCCUCUCCAGCUACAUUUAUAACUAUGGGCCACGCUUGUGCCGCUCUCUCAGCGUUACUGGCAGGAAUCUCAGAGAUGCAUAGAAAGGAUUACCCACAGGUGGAGCAGACACUCUCAGGCAAGGUCCUCCAUGUUUCUUCCAUGAGAUGUUUCCAACUUACUCCACAAUACAUAUUACUGGGUGUGGCGGAGGCAUUCGUGACACCAGCAUGCUGCCUCAUCUCCUUCUGCCUGACUCCCAGUAACCUCAGAGGUGUCUCCCUGCAUUUCCUAACCCUCUCGUAUGGAGGUGGCUGCUUUCUAGGAGCUUUCCUUAUUCAGUUCCUUUAUUUUGUGUCAGGAGGAAACUUCUAUCCGAAUAACCUCAGCACUGGCAAUAUGGAUAGGUUUUUCUUUACGCUGGCUACAUUAAUGACUAUAAACACACUGGUGUUUUGGAAAAUAUCACGUAGGUACGCAGAUUUGAGCGUGGAGUUGAGUAGUGGGGCAGGACAAAGUCCCCUAUCUGAGAAACUUCUCCAGUAUAAGGCGUGUCUUCGUUUUUAUGACACAGUGGAGCGAUUUGAAACUUCAACCUCAAUGGAAACUGUGCUAUGAUCUCACCAUACACACCGAAUCUGUAAUGCUGGCGUUACACAUCAGAGACUUUUGACUUGAUUCUGCUCACCUGGAAACAGAGCAGUGCCUGUAAAUAGCUGCAUGAUCAUGUUGAAUGUAUAAGAAAAAUCGUCUGUCAAGACCAAAUGGAUAUCGUAUAAUAAAGUUAUUUUAUGAUAUAUGAUAUUUUAUGAAUGGCUCAUUAUGAAGAGAAAAUUUGUUUGUUGUUGAUGAAAAGGACUGUAAAUGAUAAAGACAUUGUGGUGGUGCCAUGGAACAGAGAUGGCAUCAGAUCAAUAGACUUUCCGACCCAAAUACUUCCAGACCAUAGAACAACAUCCAGCCAGGAAUUAUAGAAAAUGUCCAUUAUAGAACACCUAUUGUCCGAUUCACGGUUUAAAUUUUUUUGGGGUGUCUAACUGUGGGUUCACACCAGAUGCGAGUUCAACGAUUUGCGCGAGUAGAUUACAUACAAAGUCAAUGCAAAGCCACGAUCAGACGCGUCCUCACGUGGGGCGAUGCAAAUGACGUGAUAUGGGCGAUGCUUUUGUUGCGAAAACACGCGCUAUUCGCCUCAAACGCAUCUUCGCCAAAGUUGAAAAUAUUCAACUCGAGCGAAAAAUUCGCAUCACUCAAAGUUCAAUCCCGCGAGUAAUCUAGAAAGAGUAACGCGAUGCCCCACGUUUGGUGUGUACGUAGCAUAAGUGUUUUAGUACAUGUUAAUGAUAUGAAAAAGUUACAUACCACAAAGUAAACGAUGACGCAAGUUAUCGUCUCCAACAUAAAUCUCUUUCCCUUUACUACAACAAACACACGGAUUGUAGAGAACAGUUUACUUCCUGGGAUUGGU